AUGUUAUCCAAGUUCUCCCGGCGCGUUUCCCAAUGCCUGGUCAGUGGUUCUUCUCGACUUCGUGUGGUACCUGGCCCAAGAAAUGCUCCAGUAGUGCAGGCGUUCCAGGUGUGCCAACAGCGCGCAAAGGCUGAUAUCUCUGCACCACUGGCGCCGGAGCCACCGUUCCCCACAGUGCUCCCGCCGAGCUGCUGUGCCUUGUGUCCACCCUGCCACCAGUCUGCCGCUUAUCGAGCGGCUUAUCGGGAGCACUGGGAGGAGCGCAUUCGGCAAUGGGCAUGCAGCCCUUCCACCCAGCAGGGGCUCGAGGAGUUUGGAUUUUCCAUUCUCCCAGGCGCUUUCAACGCGGGAGAUGUCGACAGGCUGCUGCAGGAGUUGCCCUGCCAUUUGGAAGGGGGAGCUGUGAAGAUGGAGCAGCAAAACAAGGGCAAUGGAGGCUAUGACUACUUGAGGCAGCUGCCUGUCAGUCUUGCAACUCUUCGCGAGGUUGCCUAUGAAGCCUUGCUACCGAUAGCAGCAGAGCUCCUCGAAUCGCACAAGCUCGAGGUACAGUCUUCCAGGCGCACAUUCUCUUUAUCCGGUCCGGAUCCUGCAGAAAAACGAUUGGAAACGCUGCCGACAACCCUUCAGGAAUUUGAGGAUCUCUGCAUCAGAAGAGGUCAGACACGCCCCAGCAACUUGUUCCUCUGGUAUCAAGAAGGUGGUGAAAACCGCGAACAUCGAGAUAUCUAUGGUGAGGUGUCAUUCCCUUUGCAAAUGGUUCUGAUGCUACAUCAGGAGGGUGAGGACUUUACGGGCGGGAGAUUCUUCACCAAAAUGAAUGGCCGCAAGCAUGAGGCAGCCAUGAACCGUGGUGAUUUGCUGGUUUUCCGCACCGCUUGCCUGCACGGUUGCACUCCUGUCCGCCGCGGACGGCGGUCUACAGUGAAGCGAUACGUCCUAGGACUGCAGUUUGCCUUGCGGCAGCUACUGAGAGAGCGCAGGGCCAAAGGCUACAGGUGA